GUUUUGGCUCAGUAUCAGCUUCGCGGGCAUCCAUUCAGGACAUUCUGUACGCCGCGCACGUGUAGUAUUGUCUUUACAUUUACAUUCGGCGUCAUAUUAUGUUACCAGGAUAUGGACGUAUUUAUUUUUGAUGUCUUUUGUUUAACAUACAAAUGCCAGACUGUACUGAGCCUGUAAUUUUCGUAUAACUGAAUUUUAUAGUGUGUUCUUCAUUUAAAUUCACUGUUUGUUUUCGUGUGAAUUUCAUCAUAAUAAUAGCCAUCGCAGUCACCGAAACAUGAUCAUUUUUGUGACCCUGUAUUUAGUUUAUGUGUUCCUUAACUGCUGUACAUCGUAGUAAUUCGGAAUAAUUUAAGAUGAAAAGGAUUCUAGUGACUUCCCUGCUCCAAGGCUCUAUUUUAUUUUACGCAAAUUAGUGCCCGGGACGUGACAAUGUGUUAGUUUUGGAUGUACAUGUUUAACGUGUUCGAAGAAGUGAGAUCGUGUCGCGUCGUGAGAGUGAAAGUGGAGACGGAGGCUGUUUAGAGAUGAAAUAUGGAUAAGAUUCAAGAAAACAAAAACAUAGAUUGUCGUAUUAAAUGUGGUAGAUAAUAACAGGUGACGCAGUGGAACAAGUAGACCCAGGACCGAAUGUUAAAACGUGAAGUAAAAAUCAAGCGAAUGUCUGCGGCUUGGCAAAAGUGGACAGGAAGUGAUUUGUGAAUUGGACGAUGAGCGAGAUGCAGCGCCCGACAUUUGUCUUACUGGCGUCGAUUCUUAUCUUCGGCGUUUCUUGGGCGGCACAAGACCGAGACUUCUGGUACGAGGAAGCCAGGGCCGCAUUGCGACGCAGGCUGUCUGGUGACGGCAGUACGGGGUCCGCGCGCCCUGUGGCUCGCAAUGUGAUACUUUUUGUGGGAGAUGGCAUGGGACUAGCCACCAUCACUGCUUCUCGGAUUCUUCGCGGUCAACGCGAUGGACGCCCGGGUGAGGAGACACGUCUUGCCUGGGAAAACUUUCCCGCUGUCGCACUUGCCAGAACGUAUAAUUCCGAUGCUCAGAUCGGCGAGUCAUCGGCUUGCGCAACAGCAUUGUUGUGUGGUGUCAAGGCAAAUUUCGAAACAGUGGGCCUUGACUCUGGUGGCCGUUUCGAGAACUGUUUCUCAAGCUUUUCUUCACGAGUUCCGUCGUUGUUUGACUGGGCACAACAAGCAGGCAAAGCGACGGGGUUAGUAACAAAUACUCGUGUGACGCACGCCACCCCUGCAGCUCUGUUCGCCCAUUCGCCCAGCCGGUACUGGGAGGAUGAUGGAAAGGUGACGCCAAGCGCCCGCAGCACAUGCAAGGACAUCGCCCGGCAACUGGUGGAGGACGAACCAGGACGCAAUAUCAAUGUAGUUCUUGGUGGUGGACGACGACAUUGGUUACCAAAAGUAACACGUGACCCAGAAGCGCCUGGAGACGAAGGCCGACGGUUAGACGGACGUAACCUGAUCGCCGAUUGGCUACGCGAGAAGAAACGGAGAAGUGUAAGGGCCGAAUACGUAUGGAAUCGUGAUCAGAUGGAACACGUGGAUCCCCAUCGCGUUGACUAUUUAUUGGGCCUGUUCGCGUACUCUCAUCUCGACUUCGAAGCGGACCGUGACACGAGUCCUAAUGGAGACCCUUCACUGGCUGAUAUGACUCGUGUUGCCUUGUCCAUCUUGGCCAAGAACCCUAAAGGAUUUCUUCUGUUUGUGGAAGGCGGCCGUAUAGAUCAUGCCCACCACUACAACAAUGCGUACCGAGCACUGGUGGAGACCCUAGCGCUGGAGGCCGCUCUGUUGGCAGCACUGCCUCUUGUGGAUCUAGCAGACACACUGUUGGUGCUCACUGCCGACCACUCGCACGUCAUGACCCUGGGAGGACUUGCUACGCCGCGAGGAAAUCCGAUCUUAGGGGUGGACAGCAAGAUGUCGGAUGUGGAUGGCCUGCCAUACUCCACACUUCUCUAUGGCAACGGACCUGGCUUCUCACAGCCUCGGCCGAUACCAAGUAACUCCUCGUCCUCCGAGAUGGCAGGACGUAACUCGGUGCAUGGAGCAGCUGUUCCUCGGCAGUGGGCCACCCACGGGGGAGAAGAUGUACCCAUUUACGCCCAGGGUCCCCUGGCAUCCCACCUUUUCUCUGGUUCCGUUGAUCAGAGCUACAUUCCUCACGCCAUAGCUUACGCUGCCUGUCUUGGCGAACACAACCAGCGCUGCAACGGUGGCCCUGAUAACUACUCAGCCAGUGAUCCGGGUCCUGCCGCUUGUUCUGCUCCAGCACCGGAAUCCAACCCCGGUGUCGUCCGCGACGGCGUUGUCGUCGCUAGUAGCGUCAUGGCCGACGACAGCGCCACUCCAAAUGCUGCGGCUGCGAGCAGAUACAGUACAAGAAACUACGCAGUAUGUAAAAUGGUGCUCCUUCUGACUACUGUUUUCUCGUAUGGCUUUGAAGUUACUUAGUAACUGAAACACGUGAAGUGAGAAACAUCUAUUUGUCUUAACCGAAUUAUUAAAGGACUGGCAAAAUGCUGCCAUGGUUUAAAAGUCUGAAAUGAAAAGAUAACUGAGGAAAAAUGUUUUUAAGAGGUGUUACUGAAUGCAAAUAUUAUGAAAUAUUCUAUAAACACUUGCGGGGUCUGUCCAUAGAAACGGAACAGCAAAAUCAGACCACACACUGAAUAAAAAUAACAUAUGGCCUGUAUUGGACUAUAAAUAAUAUUUAGAUAUAUAGUUUCCGUUAAUCUAAACCAGUGAGUAAAAUUAUUUCUUGGACAACUGUUCCUUCGAUUAAAAUAUUAAAGCCGGCACGGAAACAUUAUUUAUUUGUGAUGUAAAAAAUUAAGCAAAGUGUUAAACUUGUAGAGAUACGAGUUUCCAUUUUACCCUUUCGUCUAUUAUAGAUCCUAACCAAAUUUAAUGGAGAGAAGUUAUUGCGUUGCAUGUAACUGGUAAAAAGUGGAUAACAAAAAUUAGGGCCAGAAUUAUUUCGAGAUUUCACAGUGACUGCAAGCGAUUUAUUGCGUCUGCAAUAAAUAAUUAUCGACUUCCUCAGUUCCUAAUAGUUGGUUACGAGAACAGCCUAACCUAACCGGACCUAACCUAACCUAAGGUUAUCUUUAGUCAUUAUGUGAUUGCAAUAUGGUUUGUGGAAGCUGGAAGUAACAGAAAAGUUUUCAAAAUUAAGUGGCACAUUUGCAGUUGAAUAUUAUUCUGUAACAAUUUGCAGUUCUUCGUCAGUCAGCGAGGAGUGAGCUAUAACAGGACGACUUUGCAAUAAAUUGCAAACCAUUUUAUUUAAGUAGUGUUGAAUCCAAAUUUUCUUUGCAACCGACAAUUCUAGACAAAUCGAGUAAUCUGAACAGCAGCUGGUUUUAUGGAAGUGUUGCUGUUUCAAGCAUCUACAAAUAAAUGGCAAGUCUGUGCGUCUAGUAACAAUGUCAAUGUCAUUCACACAUUUGUUGUGUAUUCUGAGCCCACUCCUUUGGUUGUAAAUGUCUAGUGAUUAUAGAAACUUAAUGUUUUAGGGCACAGAAAAAAGAAUAUUUAUUUUUCGCGAGAAGAAAGAAAAUGUUACUUAUAUUUUGUGAUGCGUUAUAAUAUUAAAAACAAACUUAACUAAAUGGUUUAUAGUUCAGAUUUUUGCUUCCUCGCUUUGGUUAACAUUCGUAUACGAAAAGGAGUGAGAAAGAGUUUGAUACGUGAAAGCUGAUACCAGAGAAGAUAAAAUGUUGAAUUGAAAUAAUGUAUGAAACAUACUACAAUAAAGGUACAAGAGAUGGAUGGAAUAUUCAAACGUAAUCGUUUUAAUUACAGGGAAUAUAUUAUUCGCUCAAGAGUACCCAUCUGUUGUUAGUGUAUAACUCUUUUGUAUUUGGGACUGAAAUAUAUGUUAUGAAAUUACCCGUUAGGAUGCAGGAUGAAAUGAAACUGAAAAAGAAAUAAGUGUAUGUUAUGUAUAUAAAUUAAAGUAGGUGUGCAAAAUCUCUUUUACGAAUAAUAACGAAAA